GCAACUCGUCCAAGACCAUCGACGAGCAGCGCAUACGCAGUUUCAGCACCAACAAAUAGGACCGAACGACGAGCGCGACGACAAUGGCAAACGCUCAACUUGCUGCUUUCAGGGUGCCGGACAUCUCCAAUGAGCCCAUGCGUACAUACGCACCAGGCUCACCUGAGCGCCAGGCGCUGCAGGCUGCGUACACGCAGAUGGAGCAGGAGCUGCCAUUCGAAGUUCCUUGCAUCGUGAACGGCAAGCGGAUCAAGACCGGAAAAACAGCCAAACAGCCGAUCCCCUUCGAUCACGCAAAGCACCUCUGCACGUACCACGAAGCUGACCAGGCGACGGUGCAAAACGCGAUCGAGGGCGCGCUAGCAGCCAAGGCAGAAUGGGAGGCCAUGCCGUGGAACGACAGGGCCGCCAUCUUCCUCAAGGCUGCGGACCUCGUCAGCGGCAAGUAUCGGUACAAGCUGUUGGCGGCUACGAUGCUCGGCCAAGGGAAGAACGCGUGGCAGGCGGAGAUCGACGCCGCUGCUGAGUUGAGCGACUUUUUCAGGUUUGGCGUCAAGUACGUCGAGGAGCUGUAUGCCCAGCAGCCUCCCAAGAACAGCUCCGGGUCCUGGAACCGAGUCGAAUAUCGCCCACUCGAGGGCUUCGUCCUCGCCGUUUCGCCUUUCAACUUCACCGCGAUUGGCGGAAACCUCCCGGGCGCGCCCGCGCUCGUCGGGAACGUCGUCGUCUGGAAGCCCUCGCCGAUGGCGACGUACUCGAACUAUCUCAUCUACCAAAUCCUUGAAGAAGCCGGCUUGCCCGCUGGCGUGCUCCAGUUCGUUCCCGGAAACCCGCCCGAGGUCGUCGGACAGGCGAUCGACUCGCCCCACUUCGCGGCCCUGCACUUCACCGGCAGCACGGCCGUGUUCAAGAAGCUGUGGAAGGAUAUCGCGGGCAACUUAGACAAGUACAAGGGCUACCCGAGGAUUGUCGGCGAGACGGGUGGGAAGAACUUCCACCUGGUGCACGAAUCGGCGGAUAUCAAGAACGCGGUCCACCAGGCCGUCCGGGGUGCGUUUGAGUACCAAGGCCAGAAAUGCUCUGCCCUUUCUCGUUUAUACGUGUCUUCUUCCGUUUGGAGCUCCGGGUUCAAGGACCAACUGCUCCAAGAAAUCUCCAAGAUCAAGGUUGGGCCUCCUUCAGAUUUCACUGCUUUCAUGGGACCCGUCAUUGGCAAACCGGCCUUCGACAAGAUCACGGGAUACAUUCAAAAGGCCAAGGAGGCUGGCGGCGAGAUCCUGAUUGGCGGAACUGGUGACGAUUCCAAGGGCUACUUCGUGCAGCCGACGGUCAUCCUCAGCAAAGACCCGAAGUCAGUCACCUUUGUCGAGGAGAUCUUCGGCCCCGUACUCUCCGUCUACGUUUACGACGAUGCCAAGUACGACGAAACCCUCGAGCUAAUCGACACCACCUCCGCCUACGGUCUCACCGGCGCCAUCUUCGCAAACGACCGCAAGGCGCUCCUGAAGGCGACUAACCGCCUGCGGCACGCAGCCGGCAACGUCUACUACAAUGAGAAGUGCACGGGCGCCGUCGUCGGCCAGCAGCCCUUCGGCGGUGCGCGCGCGAGCGGUACGAACGACAAGGCGGGUAGUAUCAGCAUUUUCUAUAGGUUCGUUUCUGCAAGGAGUAUCAAGGAGAACUUUGUUGGAUUAGAGGAUUACCUGUACCCGAGCAAUUUCGCAUGAGCGAAGGCCGAACGGUAGCAGGGCGACGGAUUGGUCGAGAAGAAAAGGUUACACUGUAUCAGUUCAUACUAUAGGAGAUUACUGUAUCAAAUGUACCCAGCACGAAUCAAACAUAUGCUAGAUGGAAAUUCCGGUCCUAUAACGUUACAGGCACAACCUCGGGAGAGCACACGCUAAUCGGGAGGUUAGAUGGUGUCCGGUAACUCGUCGAUCCGCUUCUUCAGGCCCUCGAUGAACACGUAGGAGUUCAGCACGCUCUCCGCACACCUCGGACACCCCGACCUGGCCGACUGCGACAAGAACGCCAUCGAGAAUAUCACCCGCGUGCAGGGGCGCACCGCGAGCUCCUCGCAGCCGCGCUUCUCAAAGUCCGUCCACCACCGCGGGGGCAUGUAGCUCCCGAACGCGACCGCGCUGCAUUGCAUGCACUUGAUCGUGUUGACGGACCCCGGUUUGGAGGAUUGCAGCACCUCUUGCGCGGCC